GUAAAAUCUGAAAAGUCAAAAUAAAAAUCACUCACGGUCCACAUAGACUGCUGCAUCCGUUUUCCCCCACACAAUGCUCCGACAUCGGAUGAUUUCCGGGAAAAAAAAUCUAAUUGUUUUAAGUCAGACUGAUUACACAAAAAUUGACUUUUGACGAGCAAUUCUCCAGUCAGUGUGUUACGGUGUCAUUGAUGCGGAAUCUCCGGUGCUUUCUUUUAUUAAUCAAAUCUCUACAUUUCAAUCCAAUUCCAGAUGAGUUAAUUUCCGUUGAAAUUAUGUGAAUUUUGGACAGCCCAUCGUCUUUAAACUGCUGAAUUUGUCUGAAUUUGAUCUGGGUAUUGGAGAAAUUGCAGUGAUAAUCAGAAAUGACUGGUACUUGUUUCGGUGAUUUGGGUGGUGUGAGGAGCUGUUGGGGUUAUAAAGUGAAAUUGGUGCGUAAUCAAGAGGAAAUUAAAGACGAUACCCUAUUAAAAAAUGUCAGAUUGUUUACCUGGAAAGAGCUGCAGAAGGCAACAGAUAACUUUAACUCCAGCUCACUUAUAGGCAAGGGUGGGUUUACAUCUUACUAUAAGGGCACUUUAGAAGAUGGGACUGAGGUGGCAGUGCUAUCACAUAGAAAGGGGGGUGUAAAUCAGAAGCGAGAUUCGGAUUUUACUUCUUUUAUUAAUGUGAUGUCCAGAAUCCGGCAUCGGAAUGUGGUUGAGUUGAUCGGUUGCUGUAUUGAGGGUGAUCAUAUGAUUUUUGUGUAUGAGUUUCUUGGGUAUGACAGGCUGGAUCAGUUGUUAGUUAGUAAGUCUGAGGCGAUAGAUUGGCCUACUAGAGCUUCUAUAUGCAUUGGCAUUGCUCGUGGUCUUGACUAUCUUCAAGAGGGGGCUAGUCGUCGUCUUGUACAUCGUGAUAUCAAUCCUGAUAAUAUAUUUCUUGAUAGUAACUUCAAUCCCAAAAUAGCAGGUUUCCGCAUAGCACAGUUGUUUGAUGAUGAUGAAUCACAAUAUAGUGGCGUAAUUUCUGGAUCAUAUGUAUAUACGGAUCCUGAAUACUUGGUUACAGGAAGAUGUACAGAGAAGGUUGAUGUUUAUAGCUUUGGAAUUAUUUUACUUGAAGUCAUCAGUGGCAGGAGAGUUCACGAGUUUCAGAGAGAUGGCAGGAGAGUUCACAAGUUUCAGAGAGAUGGCAGUGGGGUUACGCUGGUGGAUUGGAUUUUGGAACUACGGAAAACUGAUAUGAUUCGUGAGAUUGUUGAUCCAGCUUUAUCUGACUUUCCAGAGGAUGAGAUGAUACGCUUUAUUGAUGUUGCACUCUCUUGUGUUCAGUUCUCAUCAAAGCUCAGACCAAACACGUCGGAGGUUUUGCUUAUGCUCUUGGGAGGUUAUGACUUCAGUAAGAAGGUAUUAAGAAAUCUGGAACAAUCUUGGCAGUCUGGCUAUCAUGAUGAAGUUGGCAGUCUUAGUCAUGAUAAAAUUUCUUCAACUCCUGUACCUAGAAGGAAACAAGAUUUUCUAGUGGCAGACACCACGACAAGAAGGAUUCCAAGUCAGCCAGCUACUGAAUCAAUCAGUAGGACAUAACGUGGUUGCGAAAUAGAAAUAGAGAGU